AUGGCGUCCGACUUUGUGGGCUACACCAUCUUGGUCACACUCCAGAAUCCUCCCCACGCUCAGAUACAGGGCGUCGUGGCGAACGUCGUCAAUCAAAAGCUGUUCCUGCAGAAUGUACUUCUAUGGAAUGGCCAGCGUCUCGCCUCGUAUGCCAUCGACUCCUCCGCCAUUGCAGAUCUCGAGGUGUCUCCGUCGCAGCCGUCCGCCGUUGAAGAGGAGGAAUUGCCUACACCGAUCGCCGCUCCGGAACCCGCGAAGACCGCAUUCCCCCAGGUCCUGCAACAGCAGCCACAAAAUGCGCCCGUCUUUGUCGACCCCGCCAUCAUCAGCUACACGAAACCACCCACCAAACUUGCGGUGCCGCCCGCCGUCGUCCAGCAGCCGCAGCCAGUGUCUCCGAUCAUGAUCGCCGAUGGGAUCGUGAGCAGCCCGUCGACGCGCAGGCCCCGCAACGGCAACGUGGGGAAUAGCUCUGUGUCCAGCAUCGCGACCGCUGUCCCCAAAACGAUCGAGAAGAAGAAUACACCGGCCAGUGCCACUCUUACGGAGCCGUUCGAUGCGUUGAGCCUAGGGAACAAUGUGGCCGCUCCCAAGUCCACGCCAGUGGCACCCCGCGACAAGAAGGCGGCGCAAUUUGUCCCCUCACAGACGGGCCCGGGCAUCAUCGACAUGAAGGACGUCAAUAACGGCCCGCUCAAGGGGCAGAAGAAGGCAGGAAAGGGCAAAGGCUGGCGUCAGACUCCCUUUAUCGAGGAGGUCCCCCGAAAAUCUAGGCACAAGAGGGGUCGCAGGGCCGCGGAAGACAUAAACGGCUGGGCAACGGAGGAUGCUACUGACAUCCAGGACAUGGGCGACUUUGACUUUGAGUCGAAUUUAUCCAAGUUCGACAAGCGCCGCGUCUUUGACGACAUCCGGCAAGCCGACACCACCGCCGACGCCGACCGGCUCGUGAGCUUCAACCGCAAAGCUCGACCGGGAACCAACGGAGGCCGAAACCUGCAUUUCACGGAAAAUGUUCUCGACACGCCGGAUGGAAAGGACAAAGAUCGAUGGAAGAGCGAGGCCGGGGAAACUGAGGAUGAGACGUCCAUUGGGGGAGAGGGUCACCACAGCAGCGGGCGAGGAUCCAAGAGAGCCGGCUCGCGACGGCCGAUCGGUUCGAGAAAGGGCAGCGUCAUACCUCCGCACCUUGACCGGACAGAAUCGCCGCGCCCGUUGACUCGAAUGCAAACCUCGUCGCCUCUGAAUGGAUCCGUGUCCGGCAACCGUGGUACCUUCAAACUUCUCAACAACAAGCCCUGCCAUUGUCUGUCGCCGCUGCAGAUGCUCGAGAUAGAACAACUCUGCACUUCGGAACUUGGCCUCACAGAAGACAUGCUGUCGGAGAACGCUGGGCGGAGCAUAGCCAUGGCGGUGCUCAAGAUCCCCGAGGUCAGAAGCGUGGUGUUCCUAGUGGGCAAUCACAAGUCUGGUGCCAGGGCCAUCGCCGCCGCCCGGCAUCUGCGCAAUCGAAGGCUUCGAGUGACCAUUGUCAUCCUCGGGGGUGAACGUGAAGAGCUUCUCUUGGAAGUUAUGCGGAAACAACUCGGCAUCUACCAAAAGGGACAAGGGUACGUGGACCGCUGGGAUGAAUAUCAGACCAAAGCGAGCGCAGGCGGGCCUACUCCGGACGUGAUUGUGGAUGCUCUCCUGGGAGUGCACGUCACCUUUGAAGAGCUACGGACCGAUGACCAAGCCACUGUCCUGGAGAUGAUCCGCUGGGCCAAUCGCAGCUCCCUCGUCAUCUCCAUCGACGUGCCGAGCGGACUAUCUGCCACGUCGGGUCUGUUGACGGAAGUCGAUGGACAGCCGCUGGUCAUGAACAGUAAGCAUAUCGUCAGUCUGGGGGCACCAAAGACGGGCCUGCUGUAUGGAAUGUCGCAUGACGGAGUCACGGAGCCGACCUGGCACGUCUGGGUUGCGGAUAUCGGCAUCACGGCUGCGGCGUGGCAGAAGCACGGGUCCCGAAGAAAACACGGCACCGAAUUUGGCACCGAAUGGGUGGUUGCGGUGAAGUACGUAUCGGGCUUACAAGGCUAA